AUGGCGUCCGGUACAGUGGCAGAAAAUAAACGUGUUACAAAUUUAAGCGUAUCAAACAAUCAUGGCAGGUAAACGAAAAAGAAGGCGAUUCAAUAUCCGAAAGAGUACAUAUAAUAAUUUCAAUGCUAGUGAUUAGCCAUAUUUUUUUCUUUUUCUUUUAGAAAAGUUCUAAACAUUUACAGAGUAUCGGCAAGUGGGACGGACAAGACGAAAGUGACGUUUUGUACGGACGUGGAUAAAUCUGUGAUAGUGCAUAACUUCGAGAAGAGGGGAUGGGUUCAAGUUGGCCCGGAGGAUGAUUGGAAUUUUUAUUGACUGAUCAAUCAUUUUCCAAAUCAUUACGAACUAACACGGAAGGAUCUGUUGGUAAAAAAUAUAAAACGCUACCGGAAGGAACUGGAACGCGAAGGAAAUCCUCUGGCAGAAAGAGGGGAUGGCCCAGGGAAAUAUCUUUAUCUCGAUUUCAUACCUGUCACGUUCGUUUUGCCGGCAGAUUAUAAUAUGUUCGUGGAAGAAUAUCGCAAGUCACCACAAAGCACAUGGAUUAUGAAACCGUGCGGCAAGUCACAGGGUGCUGGAAUAUUUCUAAUCAAUAAAUUGAGUAAACUUAAGAAAUGGUCUCGAGAAGCAAAGAAUCCAUUUAAUCCAAAUUUAACGAAAGAAUCAUAUGUAAUAUCUAGGUACAUUGACAAUCCGCUUUUAAUAGGAGGGAAGAAAUUCGAUCUCCGUUUAUACGUCCUCAUCGCUUCUUUUCGACCAUUGAAAGCCUAUCUGUUCAAACUAGGAUUCUGCCGAUUUUGUACAGUCAAGUAUGACACUAGUAUUCAAGAAUUAGACAACAUGUAUGUUCACCUUACGAACGUGUCUGUGCAAAAGCAUGGUGAAGAGUAUAACAGCAAGCAUGGUGGUAAAUUGAGUGUUCAUAAUUUGAGACUAUACUUGGAGAGCACGCGUGGAAAAGCGGUCACGGAAAAGCUGUUCGCAAACAUCACUUGGUGUAUUAUACAUUCUUUGAAAGCUGUCGCCCCAGUUAUGGCGAACGAUCGACACUGCUUCGAGUGCUAUGGUUACGAUAUCAUCAUUGAUAAUGAUCUGAAACCGUGGCUUAUAGAGGUCCUUCAAAUCUUUUCAGUGAACGCAUCUCCGUCCCUAACCUCUACCACAGUGAACGAUCGAAUCUUAAAGUACAAAUUAAUCGACAAUAUAAUUUCAAUCGUCGUACCACCCGACGGUGUACCAGAACAUUUCGAUCAAAAUAUGAUUGGUCACAGUGUAAAGUGGAACAAAUGCCCACCACCGGAAGCACUGGGGAAUUUCGAGCUUCUCUUGGACGAAGAACUCGUCGCUCAAGAGGAGAAAGAAUGUUCGUCUGGGAAGUACCGAAAUUCUUCCAGCAAAUGGAAAUAA